UGUUAACGUUACUGAGCUUUAAAGAGGAAGUACUGCUGACUAUUUGAAGCACAAAUAACGUUAGUUUAUUUCAAUAUUCAAGCAUUAAAACCUCUACCAGUGGUGGGAAAACAUGAAUUUCGAGCCCGUAGGAUCCAUAACAUCUGUAGAAACAUCUGAUGAUCUUUCAUCAGCAGCAGAAACAUGCAACAGAAAGAAAAGAAAAAGCGUCGCCCCCACAGCGCACGAGGGCUCCAAGAGAUUAAAAACUGUGCCGGACGGUGAAGAGACGCAGACGUGUGGACGUCCGCAGAGUAUCUCUGUGCUGCCCGACAGCCUCCAACAACCAAUUACACCCGAUGAGCUGAAUCAACUGCUGCACUAUGCCGCUCUGGGGAAAACAGGUGGCAUUGAACAGCCCAGCUGGUGUCGUCUCCACCAUCAGAAGAGGGUUAAAGCUGUGAAUGUGGUGAUCGUGGAGGGGCUGACCCAGAGUGACUUCUACAAACACUACCUCACCCUGCGGCACCUCAGGACCAACUACACCACUAGGGUCACCUUUACUCCAUCAGCUACCAACCUGGCGUCAGGAAUCUUCAGCGGUGAAAUUCCAGAGUCGAGGGCUUCAUCUGUUUACGAAAGACUCAAUAGAAGCAGUGAAUUGGACAACGCAAUGACACUUCACCCAGUAAUCACCAAAUUUGGGACUAAGAAGAGAGGACUGACAGCGUAUGUUCUCAGCCAGGAGGAGAUGAUCAAGAGACACUUCCCCGUCAAAGGAAUGCCGGGCGUUGAGGACUUUGUGUGCACAGACGGUGUUGACUGUGUGACUGACCGCAGCCCUCUGUAUGGACUUGACUGUGAAAUGUGUUUCACAGAAAGAGGAAACGAGUUGACUCGUGUCUCUCUGGUGGACAGUGAUGGAAACUGUCUGCUGGACGAACUGGUGAAACCUCAGAACCGAAUACUCGACUACCUCACCAGGUUCUCUGGAAUAACCGCGGCGAUGUUGCGACCAAUCACAACGACCCUGCGUGACGUUCAGGUGAAGCUCAGGAAGUUGUUGCCGAGCGACGCAGUUCUGGUGGGACAUUCACUGAACAACGACCUCGUGGCUCUAAAACUGAUCCACCAGCACGUCAUCGACACCUCGCUGCUCUACAGGAGAGACUUUGGGCAAAAGUUUAAACUGAAGGUUCUGGCAGACGUUGUGCUGCAGAGGCAAAUACAAACUGCAGAGAAGACGGGUCAUAAUCCCACUGAGGACGCUGUAGCAGCUCUGGAGCUGGCUCAGUAUUUUAUCAAAAAAGGACCUCGUCAGGUGGUAGAGCUCUAUCUGGAGGAGCUGUGGGGAAUUACGAUAAAGGAGGAGUUUUUUUUUGACCUUGAACCUGCACCCAAACAAAGUCUCAGGUUUGCGGACAUAUUACAGACUUUCGGCCGGUCAGUCGCCUUCAUAGGGAAGCGUUCUGACAUCAGCCUGGAUCCGUCCAAUCAGCACUGGCUCAACUAUGACAAAGAGGUGCUGGACUCCUUCAAGAGACGGACCACCUUUCCGUUCCUCUCGGUGCUCCAGUUACCUUCCUUCUCGGACCAUCUGAAGAGGUGCUGCCCUCAUCAGGAGCACCAGCACCAGAGGGUGCGUUCAAACCUUGGGGACAUGUGCGCGGUGUUUGCCGGGCCGUUCCCUGAGGGUUUCUCUGAGGGGGAAGUGAGGCGGCUGUUCAGCUGCUGUGGACCGGUUCGAAAUAUCAGAAUGUUGACCACAACUGUCCGGGUUCAUGCAGAGGUUGAGUUUGAGCUGCUGGAGGGAGCUGUGCUGGCUCUAAAAGCGUUGAAUGGACUUAAUAUGCAGGGACAGUCCAUCAAGGUCCAGAGGCCCGUUAACGAGUCGAUGCUGGACCUGGAUCUGACUCUCGAUGCUUUGAUGUGUGACGGUCUCAACGGCAGUCACCUCUACGCUGUUAAGUUAAACCCCAGUAUGGCUGAAGGCAUUCGCGUUUCUCCACAAGUCAAUGGACAUGCGUCAGAUGCAGAAUGUCCAGGUGACCCGUCUGUCAGAGCGGCGAACGGGUUUCCUUCAGUGAGAGUAAACGGCACGUCGAAGCUCAAGGCCUCUAAAAAGUCUAAACUGUCCGAGGAGACGAUCAGAGAGACAUUCGCUCACUUCGGUUCGGUGGAGAGAGUCGUCCUGCCGGCCAAGUGUGGGAAACGUGCACGACAUGCAUACAUAAAGUUUGAGAGCUCGGCGGAUAGAAACGUGGCCCUCGGCUCCUCUGAGGAACUCUGGAAGGAAAACUACCUCGUCUGUCCAUCCCUGACUCCGCCCCACUUGACCUCAUGGGUUGCCAUGACAACGCCGAUCACGGCAGAGGAUCAGGACAGCGAAGCGGAAGAAGAGGAGAGGAGCGGCACGCACGCCAGUUCUCAGGAGCAGGAAAUGGAUCUCAUGAUGGGGCAGUUGGAUCGCCGCCUGAGGAAGCUCUUCAGAUCUCUCCCAGAAGGCACCUUGUCCGUGGUCGUUCUGCCCGGAAACACCAGUGCUCAUGGACAGCUCCCUGGUUUGUGCCUUACGGAGGUCAAACGAGGGCAGUGAGGAGAACGGAGGAUUAACAAACCUGAGCUCAACAUGUCCUCCAGUCCACUGCACGACGUUUGUUUUAGUGAAAGAGCUGAGUGUUGUAUGUCUGAUUGACUUUUUUUUUUUUUAAAUCAGUUAAAUGUAUAUAAAAAGGAACGUUUAAGUAAAAUACAGUACUUGUUUUUUAA